AUGCAGUUCGCCAAACUCGACGAUUCUCCCAUGUUUCGGCAACAGAUGCUAUUGAUGGAGGAAAGUGCUGAAUUAUUGAGAGGGAGAUGUUUAAGGCUUUACAAAGGAUCACGCAAGUACACAGAAGCACUCGGGGAAGGGCAUGAUGGAGACAUAUCUUUUGUAAAUGCUCUUGAAACUUUUGGCGGUGGGCAUGGUGAUCCUAUUUGUGUUGCUCUUGGAGGCCCAGUCAUGACCAAAUUCACAAUUGCUUUGAGAGAAAUUGGAACAUUCAAAGAAGUUCUUCGAUCACAGGUAGAGCACAUGCUAAAUGAUAGGUUGAUGCAAUUUGUCAAUGUUGAUUUGCAAGAUGUCAAGGAAACCCGGAAACGCUUUGACAAAGCUUCUCUUAUAUACGAUCAGGCACGUGAGAAGUUUCUUUCAUUGAAGAAGAGCACCAGGGUUGAUGUAGCUGCUGUCAUAGAGGAGGAAAUGCACAAUGCAAGAUGCUUAUUUGAGCAAGCCCGCUUCCAACUAGUUAGUACUCUCUCUAAUGUUGAAGCCAAAAAAAGGUUCGAGUUUUUGGAGGCUGUUAGUAGGACAAUGGGCGCUCACCUUCGAUUCUUCAAACAGGGAUAUGAACUGUUACAUCAUAUGGAACCCUUCAUUAACCAGGUCUUGGCUUAUGCACAACAGUCAAGAGAAUGUUCCAACUAUGAGCAGGAGUCGCUUCAUGAAAGGAUGCAGGAGUAUAAAAGGCAGAUUGAUCGAGAAAGAAAGAAUUCCUUGAAUGGUUCUAGUGGCUCUCCCAAGGGAGACAGUCUAACAAGACCUUUUGCAAGGAAUUCAAAUAAAGUGAUAGAGGCAGCCAUGCAAUCUGCUGCCAAGGGAAAGGUCCAAACCAUUCGACAAGGAUAUCUCUCAAAGCGAUCCUCUAAUUUGAGAGGGGAUUGGAAGAGAAGAUUUUUUGUGCUUGAUAGCCGAGGGAUGCUGUAUUAUUAUCGGAAACCAUGGAGCUGGAAUUCUGCAGCUGCGAAUCAGUCUUCCGCACAGAGAAAUAAUCAAUCUGAAACUAGUCAUGGGUUGCUGAGCCGGUGGCUUUCUUCUCAUUACCACGGGGGUGUACAUGAUGAAAAAUCUGUAGCACGACACACUGUGAAUCUUUUGACCUCAACAAUUAAGGUUGACGCUGAUCAAUCAGAUUUAAGGUUCUGCUUCAGGAUUAUCUCUCCAACAAAAGUCUACACUUUGCAGGCAGAGAGUGCGGUAGAUCAAAUGGAGUGGAUUGAAAAAAUAAAUGGAGUAAUUGCUUCUCUGUUGAGUUUUCAGACGCCGGAGAGGUGUCUUUCUGCUGGUCCCAUUGAAUAUGUCGAUUAUUGCUCUGGAACCGGAAGCGAAAGUGGUUCAUAUGUGGAUUGCGCAGAUGUUGAACAAACAGCACUUGAGGAAAACACAACUACAAGUCUUGCCUCCGAAAAUCAUUUACGUAUAUCUAGAAGUUGGGGAGAUAUGGCCAAUAGCAUGAAGGGUGAAAAGCCAAUUGAUUUAUUGAGAAGAGUAUAUGGGAAUGACAAAUGUGCUGAUUGUGGUGCAUCUGAGCCAGACUGGGCAUCCUUAAACCUAGGUGUUCUUAUAUGUAUCGAAUGUUCUGGUGUUCAUCGUAACCUUGGAGUACAUAUAUCAAAGGUGAGAUCACUGACACUUGAUGUUAAAGUGUGGGAAUCAUCUGUAUUAAACCUGUUUCAGUCACUGGGAAAUGUCUAUGCAAACUCAAUCUGGGAGGAGUUGUUGCACUCUGGGAGUGCAAGUGGAACUUCCAAGAUUGACAAACGCAAACAGUUUACUGUGCGAAAACCUAGUCAUGAUGAUUCUAUUGCAGUAAAGGAGCAGUACAUUCAUGCUAAGUAUGCUGAAAAAGUUUUUGUUCGCAAGUCAAAGGAGACUAAGCAUCUCCUUUCAUUGGCGCAACAGGUGUGGGAAAGUGUCCGUGAUAAUGACAAGAAAGCAGUGUACCGCCAUAUUGUCUGCUCUGAAGCCAAUGUGAAUGCCAUCCAUGGGCAAGCUUCAUAUAAUGCACUUUCUUUGGCCAGAGCGAUGCAACUAGAAGAUCUGGAAAGCAGUGAUCAGAAAUUUAAUUCCUUCCCAGAGGAAUCUUUGGACGAGCCGUUAUGCUAUUUGAACUCCUUGAGUAAACAUGAAGAUGAGCUGAUAGAAGAGUCUUCUGAUGGCUGUUCACUUCUUCAUCUUGCCUGUCUGACUGCUGACAUAGGCAUGGUGGAACUUCUCCUACAGUAUGGUGCAAACAUAAAUGCUCCUGAUUCAAGAGGUAGGACGCCACUACAUCAUUCUGUAAUAAGUGGGAGAACUUCAAUUGCAAAACUGCUUCUUGCAAGGGGAGCUGAUCCGCAAGCUGUUGAUAGAGGUGGCAAUACUCCACUCAAGCUAGCAUCUACAGCCUUGCAAGAGAAUGAGGUUUUUGGCACGAACAGAUGAUAUGGUGAGAGAAUUAUCCGAAGGAAGACAAAAGGGGAUUGCCGGUAAGGAUUGAGGGGACGACCUUUGUAUAAUUAAUUUAGACAAUUGACACAGUCUGCCUCAUGCUGCCUUUUGCUUAAACCCAAUAUUGUAAUUCAGUCAUGCGGUUGAGGACUUCUAUCAAAAACAAAAAAAUCAUUUUCGUUGAGGGCUACAAUUAGGUUUUUUUUC